AUGCGCCUCCUGCGCUCAAGUCCGCGUCUCGGCUCAGGCGAGCCAUACACCCCAGCCUGCACGUCUUGCGUCCUCUCUUCCUCACGGCUGGCUCCUGGCGCGCGCUCAGACACCGUGCCUCGCAUUACUUCCGCGCAGCCUACCUGGCGAGCGAUCUGCAUCCGCGCUCUCGCGGUGCCUUGCGCCAUUCUCAGGCAUUUUGCCCGCCGAACCAUCUGCAUCCACGCUCCCAUGGCGCCUCGUGCCACUCUCGCGCAUUUCGCCAGCAGAACGAUCUGCAUCCAUGCUCCCACGGCGCCUCGCACUUCCCUCGCGCAUCUCCUCCGGCGCGCGAUCUGCUGCGAUGUCCUCGUGGCGCCUCGUGCCACCCCCGCGCAUCUCGUUCGCCGAUCGAUCUGCUUCCAUUACACCUCCGCGUUCUUCGCGUCCAUCUCCGCCAUCGCUUCGCAGAUCGUCCUCUUUCGCAUCCGCCCGUUCUUCUCCGCGGCGCUUCGCGCCAUUCCCACCCAUUUCGUUUUCGUCCGUCGUGCCAGCUGCAUCCGCACUGCCAAGACGCCUUUCGCCACUCCCAUCCGUUUUGUCCGUCGCGCCAGCUGCAUCCGCGCUCUCUCGGCGCCUCGUGCUUCCCUUGCGCCUGUCGUCCGGCGAGCGAUCUGCCGCCAUGUUCCCUCGACGUCUCACUUUGCCUUCUUCACCCAUCCCCUCUGCUGCACGAUCCGUUUCCGCGUCGCUCUUACGCUCUUCUGCACGUCGAUUCAGCAGAUCUGCCUCGUUCCUGCCUAUGCGUUGCUCCCCGCCGCCCCGCGCAGUGGGGGCACCUUCGCAAUCUCCCUCGUCGUCAGCCUCCCUUGCUGA